CAGAUUCAGUUUAAUUUCACACACCGAUGUUGAGUGCAGUAAACGUGUGUCCUGCUGUAAUCUGGAGAAGGAGACAUGGCCUCCAACAUGAGUGUGUCUGGAAAACAGGAUUUAAAGAAAGACGAGAGAGUGAUGGAAGGAAAGAAAUCAGACUCGCCAGAACCCAGCUGUGUGUCCAUGAAGAGUGACCAGUCAAUGAGAGAGCCAGUUAAGUUCAGAGACGGAGACUGUUCUACUGAUCAGAGAAUGAUGGAGGAAAAGAGAACAGACUCUGCAGAACCCAGUUGUGUGUCCAUGAAGAGUGACCAGUCAAUGGAUCAUCCACUUGAGUUCAGAGAUGAAGACAGUUCUACUGAUGUGAGACCACAAAAGAAGAAAUCAAACUUCAGCAGAAGUCAGUUGGAUUCCACAUUGAAGGAGCUGGAACACAAAGUCAUCACACUGAUAAAGAAUGAGCUGAAGAGGUUUAGAAAGCUUCUGAGUCCAGAUUACCCAGCAUGCAAUGAGAGGGAGGUGGAGGAUGAGGAGGAUCUGCACAGUGUCAGAGCAGGAGCGCUGAAGAUCACACUGCACGUCCUGAAGAACAUGAACCACACAGAUCUCGCUAAAACACUGCAGAACAAGCUCGUCUCUGAGUAUCAGCAAACAUUAAAAUCCAACCUGAGAGAAAAAUGCAAAAGAAUUAAUGAAGGAAUCUCACAGCAUGGAAGCUCAGCACUUCUGAAUGAGAUGUACACGGAGCUCUACAUCACAGAGGGUUGGAGUGGAGACGUCAAUAAUGAACAUGAGGUGAGACAGAUUGAGACAGCGUCCAGGAGACCAGAAACACAGGAGACACCCAUCAAAUGUAAUGACCUCUUUAAAGACAAGUCCAUCAGAACUGUGCUGACUAAAGGAGUCGCUGGAAUUGGAAAAACUGUCUCUGUUCAGAAGUUCUUUCUGGACUGGGCUGAAGGAAAAGCAAAUCAGGACAUCACCUUCAUGUUUCCACUUCCCUUUAGAGAGCUGAAUUUGAUGAAGCAAGAAAAUCUGAGUUUGAUGAAUCUUCUUCAUCACUUUUUUCCAGAAAUAAGAAAAAAACUGGAACUAAUAGACUGUGACUCCUACAAAGUGAUGUUCAUCUUUGAUGGUCUGGAUGAGUGUCGACUUCCUCUAAAUUUCCAGGACAAUGAGAGAUUGUGUGAUGUGACAGAAUCAGCCUCAGUGGAUGUGCUGCUGACAAACCUCAUCAAGGGGAAUCUACUUCCCUCUGCUCUCCUCUGGAUAACCUCUCGACCAGGAGCAGCCAAUCAGAUCCCUCCUGAGAGUGUAGACCUGGUAACAGAGGUACGAGGGUUCACUGAUCCUCAGAAAGAGGAGUACUUCAGGAAGAGGAUCAGUGAUCAGAGCCUGGCCAAUAAAAUCAUCACACACAUGAAGUCUUCAAGAAGCCUCUACAUCAUGUGCCACAUCCCAGUCUUCUGCUGGAUCUCAGCCACUGUUCUAGAGAGAAUGUUGUGUGAAGCAGAGAGUGGAGAGAUCCCCAAGACUCUGACUCAAAUGUUCACACACUUCCUGAUCUUUCAGAUCAAACACAAGGACCAAAAGUACCAUCAGAAAUGUGACCCUGAUCCUCAGCAGACCAGAGACAGUAUCCUGGCACUGGGAAAACUGGCUUUCCAACAGCUGGAGAAAGGAAACCUGAUCUUCUAUGAGGAAGACCUGAGAGAGUGUGGCAUUGAUGUCACAGAAGUGUCAGUGUACUCUGGAGUGUGUACCCAAAUCUUCAGAGAGGAGUUUGGGCUUCACCUGGGUAAGGUGUUCAGCUUUGUGCAUCUAAGUGUUCAGGAAUUUCUGGCUGCUUUAUAUGCAUUUCUCUCUUUUAUCUUUAAAAAGAGAAAAGUGUUAAUGGGGCAAAACUCUAGCAUUUUCAGUUUCUUUAGAAAACCAAACAUGUCUGAUUUCCUGAAAAGUGCAGUGGACAAGGCCUUACAGAGUGAGAAUGGACACCUGGACCUGUUUCUCCGCUUCCUCCUGGGUCUCUCCCUGGAGUCCAAUCAGACUCUCUUACAAGGCUUAAUGCCACAGACAGGAAGCAGCUCUCACAGCAAGCAGGAAGCAAUCAAGUACAUCAAGGAGAAGAUCAGGGAGAAUCCAUCUCCAGAGAAAUCCAUCAAUCUGUUCUACUGUCUGAAUGAACUGAAUGAUCAUUCUCUAGUGCAGGAAGUACAAACUUACCUGAACAAAGAAGAUUACUAUUGUCUCAGUGGAACCAUACUCUCUCCUGCUCAGUGGUCAGCUCUGGUGUUUGUGUUACUGAACUCAGAACAGGAGCUGGAUGAAUUUAAUUUGGGUAAAUAUGACCCAUCAGAGGAAUGUCUUCUGAGGCUGCUUCCAGUGGUCAAAGCCUCCAGAAAAUCUGAGCUGUGUUUGUGUAAUCUGACAGAGGAAAGCUGUAGAGCUCUGUCCUCAGUUCUCAGCUCAAACUCCUCCAGUCUGAGAGAACUGAACCUGAGUAACAAUAACCUGCAGGAUUCAGGAGUGAAGCUGCUCUCUGCUGGACUGGAGAAUCCACACUGUACACUGGAGAUACUGAGUCUGCGUGUAUGUAAUCUGACAGGGGAUAGCUGUAGAGCUCUGUCCUCAGUUCUCAGCUCAAACUCCUCCAGUCUGAGAGAACUGAACCUGAGUAACAAUAAACUGCAGGAUUCAGGAGUGAAGCUGCUCUCUGCUGGACUGGAGAAUCCACACUGUACACUGGAGAUACUGAGGCUGUGUGUGUGUAAUCUGACAGAGGAAAGCUGUAGAGUUCUGUCCUCAGUUCUCAGCUCAAACUCCUCCAGUCUGAGAGAACUGGACCUGAGUUACAAUAACCUGCAGGAUUCAGGAGUGACGCUGCUCUCUGCUGGACUGGAGAAUCCACACUGUACACUGGAGAAACUGGAACUACGUGGGUGUGAUCUGACAGAGGAAAGCUGUAGAGCUCUGUCCUCAGUUCUCAGCUCAAACUCCUCCAGUCUGAGAAAACUGGACCUGAGUUACAAUAAACUGCAGGAUUCAGGAGUGAAGCUGUUCUCUGCUGGACUGGAGAAUCCACACUGUACACUGGAGAUACUGAGGCUGUGUGGGUGUAAUCUGACAGAGGAAAGCUGUAGAGUUCUGUCCUCAGCUCUCAGCUUGAACUCCUCCAGUCUGAGAGAACUGAACCUGUGUGACAAUAACCUGCAGGAUUCAGGAGUGAAGCUGCUCUCUGCUGGACUGGAGAAUCCACACUGUACACUGCAGAUACUUCGGCUGAGUUCCUGCCGUAUUACAGUUGAAGGUUGUGCUGCUCUGGCUUCAGCUCUGAGGUCAAACUCAUCACACCUGAGAGAACUGAGUCUGUAUGGAAAUAAAACAGUAGAAUCAGGAGUGAAACUGCUCUCUGAUCUAUUGGAGAAUCCACACAGUAAACUGGAUAAACUACGAUUUUAGUCAUACUACCUCACCAGGACUGAGUACGAUGCAUUUUGCCUCAACAUGGAAUCCGUCGGUUUUUGUGACGUGACAGUUAAGCAUUUGAAGUGAUAUUUAAUGCUGAUUUCAUCAUUUCUCCUCAAAAAUAACUUUCAAACCUGUGCUUGUUGUAUGUUAAACUGUUUUAUGUUGGUCAUUAUGUUAACGACUGCCUGAUUUCUUGUCAUGGUGAUAAAUGACUUUACCUCUGACACUUGGGUCCAGACCAGCAGGUUUCUUCUGCCGGACUUAAACUGUUUUUGCAGAAAACUUGAUAUUUCUUUGUGGAAAAAUAAAACAAGUGCAAUAACUAUACUAUAAAGUCGCAUAUAAUUUUUAAUUUUUUCAUAUAAUUUUUAUAACUGCAUCUAACUUUAACAUAUUUUUUUUUAAAUGAAGAAAGUUCAUGCACUCUUUUUUUUUAUCUACCUGUGAUUUAAUACAAUUUUGUAUACAUAUUGAUAUAUUCAUGUACAGCGUGUGUAGUACAAAAUAAAAACUAACUGGCUAAAAAUGUGAGAUGUUUCAUUAAAAAAUUUGAUGUGAGUGUCAUCCCGGGGCCGAGUGAGGCAGGCUGAAGACAGCGGCGUGGCGACGGGACAGAGGGUGUAUGGCGGUUGCUCUCAAGCUGGGCUGAGGCUGGCAUGCCGAGGUU